UGUUGGGCCAAGCGGUUGUCAGCCCAUGUGGCGUGGGCAGGCAGAGAGUGACACAUUUAAAUUCAUCAGAGGAAAAAGAUUCAAUGAAGCACGGAGGCUAACGCCAAGCACAGAAAGCACAGCAGCAGCGCCGGUGGCAACUGAACGGAGCGGUACGACUCAAACAGGCGCUGAGCGGCUCCAGGUCGGAGUUUUUUCGGGAACAUCCAAACAGUCUGCGCACAGUAAUUCAGUAUGGAUGACAUAGUCAUAACUGGGAUAUCAGGCCGCUUGCCAGAGUCCAGUAACCUGGAGGAAUUCUGGGAAAAUCUUGUCAACGGUGUGGAUAUGGUAACAGAGGAUAACCGGCGAUGGACACCAGGUCUGUACGGUCUUCCAAAGAGGAACGGUAAGCUGAAAGACAUUAGCCAAUUUGAUGCAACCUUCUUUGGAGUCCACCCCAAACAGGCCAACAGCAUGGACCCCCAGCUACGUCUCAUGCUGGAGAUUGCCUAUGAGGCUAUUGUCGAUGGAGGACUGAAUCCAGCCUCACUCCGUGGCAGUAAAACAGGCGUUUAUAUCGGUGUGAGCGGCUCUGAAGCUGGUGAGGCAUUCAGCAGAGAUCCAGAGGAGCUUCUGGGCUACAGCAUGACCGGCUGCCAGCGUGCCAUGUUGGCCAACAGACUGUCUUACUUCUUUGAUUUCAGUGGUCCCAGCACUGCCAUAGAUACAGCGUGCUCCUCGAGCUUGCUGGGUUUAGAAAAUGCCUUCCAUGCCAUCCGCCAGGGCCACUGCGAUGCCGCUUUGGUGGGGGGAGUGAACUUGCUUCUCAAGCCAAACACUUCAGUGCAGUUCAUGAAACUGGGCAUGCUCAGUCCUGAGGGGACCUGCAAGUCAUUUGACGCUUCAGGAAAUGGAUACUGUCGGUCGGAGGCAGCAGUAGCAGUGCUGCUGACUAAACGAUUGAUGGCUAAAAGGGUCUAUGCAACAGUGGUCAAUGCAGGAAACAACACAGAUGGAUACAAAGAACAAGGUGUAACAUUUCCUUCUGGUGAGAUGCAGCAGAGGCUGGUUCGCUCACUCUACCAAGAGGCCAAGAUAACUCCUGAGCAGGUGGAAUACAUCGAAGCCCACGGCACAGGAACAAAGGUCGGGGACCCACAGGAGGUGAAUGGGAUUGUCAGUGUGUUCUGUGAAUCAAAGCGAGAGCCUUUGCUUAUUGGCUCCACCAAGUCCAACAUGGGUCAUCCAGAACCAGCCUCUGGUCUGGCUGCCCUGGCAAAGGUGUUACUUUCUUUGGAACGAGGAGUCUGGGCCCCCAACUUGCAUUUCAAUAAUCCUAACCCUGACAUUCCCGCCCUCACUGAUGGUCGGGUUCAAGUCGUUGACCGGCCCAUUCCCACUCGAGGAGGGAUUGUAGGGAUCAACUCUUUUGGAUUUGGAGGUUCAAAUGUUCAUGUCAUCCUUCGUCCUGCUGAGAAAACGACUGCCUCAGCUUUGCCCGGGAGGCUUCCCAGGGUGCUUCAGGCCUGUGGGCGCACGGAGACCGCAGUGAACUCCAUACUUCAGAAGGGGAAGGAACACAGUACAGAUGACACAUUCCUGUCUCUGCUGAAUGAAGUGUCAGGAAUCCCCACUGCCAGCAUGCCAUACCGAGGCUACGCUCUGAUUGGCGCUCAGAGUGACGUCGUGGAAGUGCAGCAGGCGCAGGCCGCUGCCAGACAACUUUGGUACAUUUGUUCAGGUAUGGGAACACAGUGGGCAGGCAUGGGUCGUAGUCUUAUGCAGCUGCCAGACUUCAGAGACUCCAUUCUGCGGUCAGAUUCAGCGCUGGAGGAGACCGGCCUGGUCGUGUCUCGUCUGCUCAUGGAGGCUGAGGACGGCACUUUUGAAGACACUGUUCAUGCCUUUGUUGGUCUUGCUGCUGUACAGAUCGCUCAGAUUGAUCUGCUCACCAAGCUGGGUCUGCAGCCCGAUGGCAUCGUAGGACACUCAGUGGGAGAGCUGGCCUGCGGCUAUGCUGACGGGUCCCUCAGUCACAGUGAGGCCAUCCUGGCUGCCUACUGGAGAGGCCGUUGCAUUAAGGAGGCCAAACUUCCCCCAGGUGGCAUGGCUGCAGUUGGGCUGACCUGGCAGGAGUGUAUAGCUCAGUGUCCUCAGGGAGUGGUUCCAGCCUGCCACAAUGCUGAGGACACAGUCACCAUCUCCGGUCCUCAGGAAGCAGUCAGUGCAUUUGUAUCCAAGUUAAAAGAGCAAGGAGUGUUUGCAAAGGAGGUGCGCAGUGCCGGGGUCGCUUUCCACUCCUACUACAUGGCCUCCAUCGCUCCAGCCCUGCUCGCAGCUCUGAAGAAGGUGAUCAAGGAGCCACAGAAGCGCUCGUCACGCUGGGUGAGCACCAGCAUCCCUCAGUCUGAGUGGGACUCUCCUUUGGCUCUGUACAGCUCAGCUGAAUACCAUGUCAACAACCUCGUGAGCCCCGUGCUGUUCCAGGAGGGCCUGAGUCUGGUGCCCGAAAACGCCGUGGUGGUGGAAAUAGCACCUCAUGCUCUGCUGCAGGCCAUCCUCAAGCGUAGCCUGAAGCCCACAUGUUCGGUCAUCCCCUUGAUGAAGAGAGGCCACGCCAACAACCUCGAGUUUUUCCUCUCAAAUAUUGGAAAAAUCUUCAUGAAUGGCAUCAAUGUGGAUGGCAAUGGCCUGUGCCCAGGUGUGAACUACCCUGUGCCAGCUGGUACUCCAAUGAUCUCCCCCUUAGUGCAGUGGGACCAUAGCCAGACGUGGGAUAUCCCAAAGGCUGAAGAUUUUCUGUCUGGCUCAGGAGGAUCCAGUUCUGCGAUCAUCUAUAACAUUGACAUAAACCCAGAGUCUGCAGACCACUAUCUUAUUGGACAUAGCAUCGAUGGGCGUGUCCUCUACCCAGCGACUGGUUACCUGGUGCUGGCCUGGCGUACCUUGGUGAGAAGUCUAGGGGUUGUCAUGGAUUCCACAGCUGUAACCUUUGAGGAUGUGACUAUGCACAGGGCGACCAUCCUGUCAAACACUAGUGUCCAGUUAGAGGUGCGUCUCAUGCCCGUCACCAGAAUGUUUGAGGUUUCAGAGAAUGGAAACCUCGCUGUCAGUGGUAAGGUGAGCAUUCUGGAGGAUGCAGCCCUCGAGUCGUUCCAUAGUGAGAUAAGUCGGCAAGCUGCCUCCAUCACUGACCCCUCAAAGAAGCUUAAGGCACAAGAGAUCUACAAAGAGCUCCGACUGCGAGGUUAUGACUAUGGGAAGACCUUUCAGGGGAUUUUGGAGUCAAACACAACAGCAGACAGUGGGAAGCUGGAAUGGACGGGAAACUGGGUGACAUUUCUGGACACCAUGCUGCAGAUGAUUGUAGUGGGGCUGCCGGGUGGUAGUUUGCGUUUGCCAACCAGAAUCCGCUCAGUGUGCAUUGAUCCAGCUGUACACCUCGAAAAAGUCUUCGAGUACACUGAAGGAAAGCAAGCUGUUGAUGUCCAUGUGAACCGUCACCUUGACAACAUCAUCGCGGGUGGAGUCAAGAUCUGUGGUCUGCAUGCCACAGUCGCCCCCCGCCGGCAGCAGCAGCACAGUCCCCCUACCCUGGAGGAGUUCUUGUUUGUUCCCUAUGUGGAGACGGAGUGCCUUUCAACCAAUGGGAAGCUUGCAGAGCAGCUGAGGCUUUGCAAAGGUUUAAUCUACCGACUGCAGCAAAAGUUGGCCCCUCAUGGUGUCAGGCUCUCUGUCCCUGGGCUAAAGGGGGGGUCAGAUGAAACUAUUUCUAAUGGUGAGCCUGCUGAGCCCGCUGAGCCCAGCCUGGUACGGCUGCUAACGCUGCUCUGUGGCCUGGAGCUCAAUGGGAACCUCCAUUCUGAGCUGGAGCAGGUGGUGGAGAAGGAGCGGGUGUGUCUUCUGAAAGACAAUCUGUUACAGGGUCUGCUAAACGACAGCGCUCUCAGACAUUGCCUCGAUAUCACAGUGGAAAACAGUACGCCUGGCAAGAUCAAAGUGUUGGAGGCUCUCUCAAACGAUGGCCAGCUCUUCUCUCACGUCGUGCCCCUCCUCAACAUCCAACCCAUGCUACAAGUAGAAUACACCGCAACAGCUACCGAUCUGGAUCUUUUGUCCCCCCAUCAGGCUACCUUUGAGGAGCUUGGUGUUGCUUCAGUUCAGUGGAACCCUUUGACAGGCCCAGGUGUUGGAGACAUGAGUUCGAGUGCAGACUUGGUGCUGUGUAACCAUGCAUGGGGUCCACUAAAGACAGACCCCAGGCUGCUGGUAGCAAAUCUGGUAUCUGGAGCCAAACAUCAUGGGUUUGUUCUCCUCCACACUCUGCUAAAGGGAGAGACUCUGGGGGAGACUGUUUCCUUCCUUUCCAGCACUGUUCAGAGCAACAGUCAGCAAGGACUCCUCACACAGGCUGAGUGGGAGAAAGUGUUCUCAGAGGCCUCUCUGAACCUGGUGGCUGUCAGGAAGUCUGUUUAUGGCUCCGCCCUCUUUCUUUGUCGUCGUCAUCAGUCUCUGGGCAAACAGCCCGUUUUCCUGCCCGUGGACAGCAAAGACUAUAACUGGGUGGAAACACUCAAGCAGGAAAUGAUGUCGGAGUCAUCAGACCAUCCAGUGUGGUUGACUGCUUCUCAGGCACACUGUGGGAUUGUGGGAAUGGUCAACUGUCUACGGCAAGAGCCAGGUGGCAACCGGAUACGCUGUGUAUUUGUGUCCAAUCUAAAUGAGUCUUCAGCAACACCCAACCUGCAGCACGGCCAUAAGUCCAUCGAGUCAGUGCUGGAGAGAGAUCUGGUCAUGAAUGUGUUCAGGGACGGACGCUGGGGCACCUUCAGACACCAGCUCAUCUCUCGUGAUCUAAAUGAAGCGUUGACGGAGGCUGCUUACGUCAAUGUACUGACCCGAGGUGACCUGUCUUCUCUGCGCUGGAUUGCUUCCCCACUUCGCCACUUUGUGGCCAAUAGCCCUAAUGUACAGUUGUGCCACGUCUACUACAGCUCGCUCAACUUCAGGGAUAUAAUGCUGGCGACUGGCAAACUGCCACCAGAUGCUAUACCAGGGGACCAGGCUUUGAAGCAGUGCAUGUUGGGUAUGGAGUUCUCUGGUCGUGAUCCAAGUGGUUGUCGUGUGAUGGGGCUGUUGCCUGCUAAAGGCCUGGCGACAGUCGUGGAUGCUGACAGAAGGUUCCUUUGGGAGGUUCCCCACAGCUGGACACUGGAGCAAGCAGCCUCUGUGCCAGUGGUUUACGCCACUGCGUAUUACUCUCUAGUAGUGCGUGGCAGGUUACGACCUGGAGAGACUGUGCUCAUCCACUCAGGGUCAGGAGGCGUGGGCCAGGCUGCCAUCGCCAUAGCACUCAGCAAGAAGUGCAGAGUCUUUACCACCGUCGGCUCCACAGAGAAGCAGACCUACCUGCAGAAGAGGUUCCCUCAGCUAUCAGCAGAAUCUUUCGCCAACUCCAGAGACACCUCCUUUGAACGGCACAUUCUGCUCCACACACAGGGCAAAGGGGUGGAUGUGGUGCUGAAUUCUCUGGCUGAGGAGAAGCUGCAGGCUAGUAUUCGCUGCCUUGCUCGACACGGACGAUUCCUGGAGAUCGGCAAAUAUGACCUUUCCAACAACACCCCACUGGGUAUGGCUUUAUUCCUAAAGAAUGUGGCAUUCCAUGGCAUCCUGCUGGAUGCCCUCUUUGAAGAGGGCAACCAAGAGUGGGAAGAAGUGUCCCAGUUGCUCAAGGAGGGCAUCGUGGAAGGAGUAGUUCAGCCUCUAAAGACCACGGUGUAUGAGAAGGACCAAGUGGAGCAAGCAUUCAGAUACAUGGCUCAGGGCAAGCACAUUGGAAAGGUCCUCCUAAAGGUCCGUAGUGAGGAAAAAGGGGCUGCUGUCCAGCCUGCUUCCCCUCUGUCUCUUCCAGCUAUCUGUCGCACCUUCUGCCCUGCGUCCCACUCCUACAUUAUCACUGGAGGGCUGGGGGGGUUUGGUCUGGAGCUUGCUCAAUGGCUAAUAGAGAGAGGAGCCCGCAAACUGGUGCUGACUUCCAGAUCAGGCAUCAGGAAUGGUUACCAGGCGAAGCGUGUGCGUGAAUGGCAGAAUCAGGGUGUGCAGGUGUUUGUGUCGACCAAUGAUGUCAGCACACUGGAAGGAACAGAGCGACUGAUUGCUGAGGCCUGUGCCAUGGGUCCAGUGGGUGGUGUCUUUCACCUAGCCAUGGUGUUGAAAGAUGGUAUGUUGGAGAAUUUGACUCCUCAGCUUUUCCUCGAUGUUAACAAACCUAAAAAUGAUGGCACCAUCAACCUGGACAGAGUAACAAGAAAACUGUGUCCAGAGCUCCGUUAUUUUGUGGCCUUCUCUUCAGUCAGCUGCGGCCGUGGCAAUGCAGGCCAAAGUAACUAUGGUUACGCCAACUCAGCAAUGGAGCGUGUGUGUGAAAAGCGCCACUACGAUGGCCUGCCUGCACUUGCGGUCCAGUGGGGUGCCAUUGGUGAUGUUGGGGUAGUUCUAGAGACCAUGGGUGGUAAUGACGUUGUGAUUGGUGGCACCCUACCGCAGAGAAUCACAUCCUGCAUGGAAGUGCUCGACUUCUUCCUGUGCCAGCAGCACCCGGUGAUGUCUAGCUUUGUACUGGCAGAGAGGACAGUAGUAAAGACUGAAGCAGGAAGCCGGAAAGACUUGGUGGAUGCUGUAGCUAACAUUCUCGGUGUGCGGGAUGUGAGCAGUCUGAAUGCUGACAGCUCUUUGGCUGACUUGGGUCUGGACUCUUUGAUGGGUGUGGAGGUUCGCCAGACUCUGGAGCGUGAUUAUGACAUUGUCAUGGCCAUGAGGGAUAUCCGCCAGCUCACCAUUAACAAGCUGCGAGAGCUGGCCAGUAGCAAGCCAGAAGGAUCAAAUGCUAAGAGGGAUGGCGUUCGCGCUGUGUUGGAGUCUGAUCUGAGCAAGCUAUUAGUCAACCCCAGCAGCCCCACUGUGAUGCCACUCAACGAGGUGAAGAACCAGGAGGGGCCGUUGUUCCUGGUCCAUCCCAUUGAGGGCUCCAUUGCAGCCUUUAAGACACUUGCUUCUAAACUUAGCGUGCCUUGCUAUGGUUUGCAGUGCACAAAAGCUGCUCCUCUGGACAGCAUAAAGUCACUGGCAGCCUACUAUGUGAACUGUAUUACACAAGUCCAACCAGAGGGGCCGUAUAGAAUUGCUGGAUAUUCUUUUGGUGCCUGUGUAGCAUUUGAAAUGUGCUCUCAGCUGCAGACCCAGAAUCAGCCUGUGGAGAACCUGUUUCUCUUUGAUGGAUCACAUUCAUAUGUGGCGGCGUAUACACAGAGCUACAGAGCCAAGCUAACACCCGGCAAUGAGUCUGAGGCAGAAACUGAAGCCUUGUGUGCCUUCAUCCAGCAGUUCACUAGCAUUGAAUACAAUAAGCUUUUGGAGACUCUUCUACCACUGUCAGACUUGAAGGCCCGUGUCAACGUGGCAGUGGACCUAAUCACCUCCAGUCACGAGAACAUCAACCGAGACUCUCUGCACUUUGCAGCCACCACCUUCUACUGCAAGCUAAAGGCUGCUGAUACAUAUGUACCUGCUACAAAAUACCAUGGCAGUGUAAUGCUACUGCGUGCCAAAACCAGCAGUGAAUAUGAACAAAACCUGGGAGCUGACUAUAAACUCAGUGAGGUAUGUGAUGGUGAGGUGUCAGUCCACGUCAUUGAGGGAGAUCACCGCACAUUCCUAGAAGGAGAGGGGGCAGAGUCCAUCAAGAGCAUCAUUCAGAACUUGCUGGCUGAGCGAGGUGUCAAACCAAGGGAGGGUUAAACAUGCACAGUCCAACUACAUCCUACACCCUAAUUCCACAUUCCACAAUAUUCCCAAAAAUUGGCCUGUAAAUGUAAUAGUUCUAGGAAGUGUUUGGACCCCUUAUGUUUACAUUCUGUGCUACCUUUGUCCUAAUAUCCCCAAUGCUGCUUACUGAAUUUUUUCAAAUGUUAAUGGUUAGUCAAGUAAGAGGACACCCUAUGUGAAAGAUGGUAUCACCCUGGGGAUGCCUGAAACAUGUUGUGAUUUGCAUCGACUGUAGUGCAAGAUGUUCUAAGGUAUGGGCCAUAUAUCCUAAUUUUAAAUGCAGAAGGCCUACUGAUUCCAUACCAAAACAUAAUUUGGUUAAAAAAAUCUAUAUAUUAUGUAAUUACUGCAAUAUUUGAUGCAUUGCAUAACAUUCCUUAAUGGUGUUCUUGCAUAAGCAGACACCAAUAGGACAGACAAAGAGGAACGUUAUUCCACCAGCUCGCUCCGUUCAAAACGAGCUACCAUCCCAGAGUGUCUACUCCCAGCCUAAUGACGUACACAGUAUGGAAGGCUGGCCCUGUAGCAUCUAGCUUUCUGUUAUAUAGCCAUGUACUCGGUUUGGUUGGCUGUUAAAGGCACUGCACACUAAUUAUUGGAAGCAUCUGUUUGUUUUGUCAUUGAAUUCUUGUUAUGUGGAUGAUCAUGCAGUCUUCAGUUACUCCAUGUACCAACCAGCAAAUGUUUUUGGUUGUCAAAAAUUGGUGUAGACUUUUAAUUGUAGAACCUAUUUCAUAAAUGUGUUUUAAUAAUAAAUUACAUUAAUUAUGUUCUGUAACUGUAAUUCACACUGCAGUGUGGACCAUAGUUGGUUUCCACUAAUUUAGAAGACAAAACAGGGUUGUUUUUCUCACAAGUGAUGGACUGUAUUGUGAACACAAGAUAAAGGCAGCGUAAAGUACCAAAUUCGUCACUACAGAUGUUAAUAAGAGACUGUAAAUGGCCACUGUAGUAUCAGAACAGUGGGCUCGUAUUUACUGAGAACUGUUUCCUCAAAGGCUUUGCCCUAGAGCUGUCUCAACCAUAUGACCUCAAAAACCGAAGAAUCCAGUCCCUCAGUACAAAAGCUAGCCUGAGACCUCUUAUUUGGUCAGUGAAGGAUCUGGUGAUUGGAGACAAGUGCGCUGAGUAAUUAAAGGAAGAAGGAAGUAACAGUAAAUGCCUGUUUUAUUGUAAUAUUUCUGCUAUGUAUUGUACAACUAAUAAAGGACUCACACUA